AUGAAUCCACCGCCCCUCUACUCCACCUGCAAAAUGUCUGCUCCUGCUGCUUUCUCCGACAUCUCCAAGGCGGCCAACGACCUCCUUAACAAGGACUUCUACCACGUCAGCCCUGCUAGCCUUGAGGUUAAGUCUAAGGCUCCCAAUGGCGUCACCUUCAACGUGAAGGGCAAGUCUGCCCAUGAGGGUCCUAUUGCUGGCUCUCUCGAGGCCAAAUACGUCGACAAGCCUACCGGUCUCACCCUCACCCAGGCUUGGACCACCGCUAAUGCCCUCGACACCAAGCUCGAGCUCGACAACAACGUCGCCAAGGGUCUCAAGGCUGAGAUCCUCACCCAGUACCUCCCCACCAAGCAGUCCAAGGGUGCCAAGCUCAACCUCUACUUCCAGCAACCCAACCUGCAUGCCCGUGCUUUCUUCGACCUCCUCAGCGGCCCCACUGCCAACUUCGACGCUGUCCUCGGCCACGAGGGUUUUGUUGUCGGUGCUGAGGGUGGCUACGACGUCCAGAAGGCUGCCAUUACCAAGUACUCCGCUGCCAUCGGCUACAGCGUUCCCCAGUACACUGCCGCCAUCACCGCUGGCAACAACCUGAGCGUUUUCUCCGCCAGCUACUACCACCGCGUCAACGCUCAGGUUGAGGCUGGUGCCAAGGCUACCUGGGACUCCAAGGCCGGUAACUCCGUCGGUCUCGAGGUUGCCAGCAAGUACCGUCUCGACCCCUCUUCUUUCGCCAAGGCCAAGAUCAACGACCGUGGUAUUGCCGCCCUGGCUUACAACGUUCUCCUCCGCCCUGGUGUCACCCUCGGCCUUGGUGCUUCCUUUGAUACCCAGAACCUGAACCAAGCCGCCCACAAGGUCGGCGCCAACUUCACCUUCGAGUCCUAA